AGACGCCGCCUCACGCUGCUGACCCGGGUGGGACGCUGCGCAUGCGCGCUGGGCUGCCUGGCGGGAAGAUGGCGGCGAGUAAAACGUUCGGACAAAAACCAAUAAAGUUCCAGUUGGAGGAGGCGGGAGAGUGGUACAUGAUCGGCUCUGAGGUUGGAAACUAUCUGCGCAUGUUCAGGGGCUCUCUGUACAAGAGAUAUCCAUCACUAUGUAGACGGCUUGCCACAGUUGAAGAAAGGAAGAAAAUCGUAGCAUCAUCACAUGAUCAUGGUUAUACCACUUUAGCUACCAGCGUGACACUUCUUAAAGCUGCGGAGGUGGAGGAGAUUCUCGAGGGAAAUGAUGAAAAGUACAAGGCCGUUUCCAUCAGCACUGAGCCACCAGCGUACCUCAGAGAACAAAAAGCUAAGCGGAACAGUCAGUGGGUGCCAACGCUACCAAACAGCUCCCAUCAUCUAGAUGCAGUACCAUGUUCCACAACCAUCAAUAGAAACCGUAUGAGCAGAGACAAAAAAAGAACCUUUCCUCUAUGCUUUGAUGACCAUGACCCAGCUGUGAUCCAUGAGAAUGCCUCACAGCCUGAAGUGCUGGUUCCUAUUCGACUCGACAUGGAAAUAGAUGGCCAGAAAUUGAGAGAUGCCUUUACAUGGAACAUGAAUGAAAAGUUAAUGACCCCGGAGAUGUUUGCAGAGAUUUUGUGCGAUGACCUGGAUUUGAAUCCCUUAACCUUUGUCCCUGCCAUUGCCUCGGCGAUUCGCCAACAGAUAGACUCCUACCCUAUGGACAGUAUUCUAGAGGAUCAGUCUGAUCAGAGAGUUAUCAUUAAGCUAAAUAUCCACGUUGGUAACAUCUCCCUGGUUGACCAGUUUGAGUGGGACAUGUCUGAGAAAGAGAAUUCCCCAGAGAAGUUUGCCCUGAAGCUGUGCUCUGAGUUGGGUCUCGGAGGAGAGUUUGUCACCACAAUUGCUUACAGCAUCAGGGGGCAACUGAGCUGGCAUCAGAGGACGUACGCAUUCAGUGAGAACCCACUGCCUACAGUGGAAAUUGCAAUUCGCAACACAGGAGAUGCUGAUCAGUGGUGUCCCCUUCUGGAGACACUAACCGAUGCCGAGAUGGAGAAGAAGAUUCGGGAUCAGGAUAGGAAUACCAGGCGUAUGAGACGUCUCGCAAACACUGCACCAGCCUGGUAACUGGCUGCAGCUUAUCCUGAUCCUGACCCAGGAAAGGAGCAAAUCCUCCAGCAACUUACAACUGAUAGUCCUGAGAGACGGACAAACAGACAUUCCCUGUAACGGCAGUCCACGCUGCUGUGUCACAGACCCCCAACACUGUGUAUAUAAACACUGAUGCAGUCAUGUCAUUUGCCUCAGAAGACUUCCUCCUAGUAUCCAGUCCCCACAGACAGUGUACAGGAUUUUUGCCUUAAAACUUUUUUGUAUAGGUGCCAUUGCACUUCUAGAACAGUUCUUUAAAAUAAAGUUCCUAAUUUUAA